AUGACUCCCGAAAGCUCGCCGUCCAGCCUCCCGCGAUCCACGAGCCUGUCGCGCCUCGCCGGCGCCAGAGGCUUUCUCCCUCUAGCCGACAACGCGAGCGUCUUGUCGACGCGCAGCGGGCAGCUACAGAGCCUCAUCUCGAGACGUCCUUCCACGUUGCGCAGCUCGCGAUCCGGGAAGGGACGACGCGGGAGCGACUCCAGCGACGACGACUUCGACGAGUUCAGGCACAGCCUCAUCGCCCAGGACCUCGCCUCGGAGCGACGGGCGAGCAUCGGCGCGCACGCCCUGCACACGCCGCAGAUGCGGAGCCAGCGGUUGAUCGGGAACUCGAACCCGCGGUACAAGUGGGAGCGCUACUUCAAGACCGAGGACGAGCUCAAGCAGCACAAAAACAAAAAGGUGCGCAAGUACUACGAGCGCAACAACUACCUCAUUCAAAACUACGACUACAUCGACCGCCUGCUCGACUCGUCGCUCCCGCACCAUCUCAUCCAAGAGUACAGCCAUCUAGAGUCCGGCAAUGUCAACAUCCCAACCACCAUCACCGAGGAGUCGCCCUCGUUCCCUUCCACGCCCGCCGCGCACACCCCCGCGAGCUACAGCGACAACAGCACGAACCCGACCAGCGCGACAACCCAGAACACCCAGAACGGCAGCGCCUCGCAAGUCAAGCUCAAGCGCACGCCCAAGAACCUGUACAAGGUGCCCACGGCCGACGAGCAGACGCCUCUCCUGCGCUCGGACACGCACGAUGAAGAAGAAGACGUCGAGUCCCUCGGCAAGAGCAUGCCCGACUGGGUCCCCCAAGAAGACGAAGACACCGAGUCCCCCAUCGUCAAGGUCGCCCUCUACGUCAAUCUCGCCGCCAACGCCAUCCUGCUUAUCCUCAAAAUCAUCGCCACCGUCAUGACGUCCUCCCUCUCCGUCGUCGCCUCUCUCGUCGACGCAGCGCUGGACUUCCUCUCCACUGCCAUCGUCGGGGUCACCUCCUGGAUCAUCACCCGCCCGCAGGACAAAUACGCGUACCCCGUCGGCCGCCGCCGCCUCGAGCCCAUUGGCGUGCUGGUCUUCAGCGUCAUCAUGAUAACAUCCUUCUUCCAAGUCCUCAUCGAGGCCUUCUCCCGACUAACAGGUGACGACCGCGCCAUCGUCGAGCUCAGCAUUCCCGCCAUCGCCAUCAUGGCGUCCACCGUCAUCGUAAAAGGCGGCUGCUGGCUCUGGUGCCGCCUCAUCCGCAACUCGAGCGUCCAAGCCCUCGCGCAAGACGCAGAGACCGACGUCGUCUUCAACUUCUUCAGCAUCUUGUUUCCGCUGGUAGGCUUCUACGCGAAGAUAUGGUGGCUCGAUCCGCUCGGCGCCGUCCUCCUCUCCCUCUUCGUCAUCAUCAACUGGUCCCGCACGUCCGCCACGCACAUCCGCAAUCUCACAGGCGCGGCCGCGACCGCCGACGAGCGCAACAUCCUGCUGUACCUGACGAUGCGGUUCGCAAAGACGAUCAAGCAGAUCCAGGGCCUGAGCGCGUAUCACGCGGGGGACAAGCUGAAUGUGGAAGUCGAUAUUGUGGUGGAUGAAAGUCUUAGUCUGCGGGAUAGCCAUGAUUUGGGCGAGAGUCUGCAGUACGUGCUUGAAAGUGUGCCCUAUGUCGACCGCGCGUUUGUGCACAUCGAUUACACGGGGUACAAUCUCCCGACGCACAUGUCGCAGCAGGAGUAG